CAGGCGCAGCAGCCGUGUGGGACAAACGAAGUUGGUGCUCCGCAGCUGGCUAUGGCGGAGCUGGUGGAAAAUGACAGCAUGAAGAAUUAUCACAUAGCGUCAGAGAAGAUGAACCCGGAGGCCAGCCGCUUCCCCUACUGCAUAGUGUGGACCCCCAUCCCCGUGCUGUCAUGGCUGUUGCCCUUCAUCGGUCACAUGGGAAUCUGCACCUCCACCGGAGUCAUCCGGGACUUUGCCGGACCGUACUUCGUUUCGGAAGACAACAUGGCUUUUGGGAGACCCACAAAGUACUGGAUGCUCGACGUGAGCAAAGUCUACGCCAGCGGCUCCAACGCCUGGGACACAGCCGUGCACGACGCCUCUGAAGAGUACAAGCACAGGAUGCACAACCUUUGCUGUGACAACUGUCACUCCCACGUGGCCAUGGCUCUGAAUCUGAUGCGAUACGAGAACAGCACCUCGUGGAACAUGGUCAACCUCUGCCUGCUGUCGUUCAUCCGCGGAAAAUAUGUCAGUUGUGGAGGCUUUUUGAAGACCUGGCUCCCUUUCCUGAUGCUCGUGGGCACCGUCCUCACAGUUGCUCUCGCCGUCAACCUCCGAUGACCGGGGCCAGGCAAGGACGCAGUGAACCAUCCGUGCUCCCUCCCCGCCGUGGCACCGCAGGAGGCGAGCCACCUUUGGAACAUCAGUAAGCGGGGGCAUCGCACUGUGUCGAGCAAAAAAAAAAAAAGGAACGCGGGACGUAAAGACUGCUUACCUCUGGGGGAGGAUUCACACGCAGGAUUGUGUUUCAUCCCUGGACUUACUGCAGUGCCCUAACUGUUAUACCUCAGUGAUUGAUCUUCGUUUAUGAACACCACACACACAUUUUGAUGGACUCCAGCUAUCGUAAGUCAGACAGCAGGUGGGAGUCGCCUCCACCUGGAAAAUAACACUUCCAGCCUUCCAUUUGUAAAGAAAUAACAUAGUUGGGUUAUUCAAAGGUUAUCCACUCACGCCUUGCUUUUAGACUGUGACAGGGUGUUAUCUUAUGAGUCGGUGCUUCCAGAAAGCCUUUUCUAUACUGUGGAGCACAAACGUCGUUAGAUGCCUUACAGCCAGUUUCUAGCAUUUCAUACUUGAUCUAAUGUAGCUCUUCCAACAGCACCACCAGGGUAUUUUCCUAGCUGCACCGUCUGUCUGCUGAGAGAAAUGUUUUUUCCUAAAGAUUUAAUGUACAUGUCUAACCUCUGGUGCUGUUAAUAACAGCUCAUCAGGGCAAUGAUUGUGGUAACCUCAGCGAACGUGGCCGUGGUAGAUGUCUCUGUGCCGGCUGAUGUUAGGCUCACCCAAAUGUGCUGGGAUAUUUUCUUUCUGCUUAUUCCUGAUUUCUUUUUUUUUUUUUUUUUUUUUGCCCUCCACAAAAAAACACUAAGAGUCAGUGCCUGAAUAGAAGCUCCAUCACAGAUCUCCUCCAUGUUGCAUUUUCAGCGUUGUGCUUGCAGCGACAGCUUCUUUUUUUUUUUUUUUUUUUUUU